AUGGGUAGUUUUGUCCCUCUUUCACCGGCUGUGGGCACGUCUUUCGGGAGCUGCAGUGCAAUGACUCGAGACAACGUUAGAGAAUUAUUUCAUACCCUCCAAGUCAACCCCCUGUUUAUCAUGAACUUGCUAGGGCGCGUUGACUACUGGGCGCCGCAAACAGAAUGGCAUACAGACGAUGAUGGCAAUUUUCUAGCUUGUGACUUCUUCUGCCAGCAUCCGCGUUGGAACUUGUACUUUCUAGGUGCACCCCUAUCAGUCUAUAUGCGCUAUAAUGCUGCUCUCAAGCUUACCACUUAUAUUAUAUCGCACAAAAAUGGAGAUUCCAGUAUAAGAGUCUUGACUGAGAUUCUAGGCAGCGCUAUGAAAACUGCCCCUAUGCAGAUCAACAAGAUCGAUGACUACCUCUCAGACCCAGAAACCGGCGACCGACACCAACUGAGCGAUUUUAUCAAACAGUUACAACAUGCAAAAGAAACUAAUGCGGAGUGUCACCUUAAUAAUGCAGACGUCUCCAUUGUAACAGCAACCACAAUUCGCACUAUCCAUACUCGCCUGCAUGAAGCUAUAUCAUGCCCCUCUCACGUCUAUGAGAGAGCAGCCAACACGAUUAGCCACGUUAUUGGGUCUAUGCAAAAACAGAAGAUCUGGUUACUGAGUUACAAGUCACGCCAGAAUAGCACCUUAAUGUUAGCGUCUAUCCUUGUGGGGCAGCAAGACGCAGCCAGUAAUAUACUGCUUGCCACUAGUAUGAAGCAGGAUAGUACUAGCAUGAGUGCAAUUGCUGCUCUUACAAUGGUGUUUCUCCCCGGGACAUUUACAGCGGCUGUUUUAGAUGCUGGUAUAUUCGCGUCCUCGGAGAAUAGCACACACAUAACGGUCACAGGGUUGUGGUGGCUAUGGCUUGUCCUUACCCUCCCUCUGACGCUUCUUGUGAUUGCUUCCUGGUGGUGGUACAAGAAAAGAAAGGAAUCGAAGGGACUGGCGCCGAACUUCAGGACCGAAGAUGAUAAUGGCAUUGAACAUCCUCCCCUGAACAAUAUGAAUAUUCUCCGGACGUGGAUCCGGCGACGUAGAGCCUUAGGUAGGCUUAUAAGGGGAUGA